AUGAGUAACUGUGAUGAACAUAUUAGAGACCUUAGAGAGCAAAUAGAGCUUCCAUGUAACAAAAUCUGCGCUGACUGUCAUCACAACGUUGUCAAAUUCGCUUCUUUAACAUUUGGAGUGUUUCUUUGUGAGCUAUGUGGAGUAUCACACCAGGCUCUAAAUGGGAACAUCAAAAGAAUUGCCAGUGAUAAUGAAAACACUCUUAUUUGGUCAGACGACUGCGUAUUACGAUUGAAGAAGUUUGGAGGCAACAAAGUUGUCAAUCAAAAAUUAGAGUCAUCUCUCCCGGUUUAUUUUCGUCGUCCGUGGCCUGGAACAUCAUGCCCCACUUUCCUCCGAGAGUCAUUUGUCAGGUCAAAAUAUGUUCAUGAAGAGUUCACCAGUGAAGCUACUGGGAGAGGUGCACAGAAUCAAUUUGCCUGCUCCUUCAAGUCGGGUGUGUUAUUGAAAAAGUUACGCGAUUCCACUACAUUUUGUGAACGUUUUUUCGAGUUGUCUGUUGAAGGUAACUAUCUUCGCUACUAUAUCAAGCCAGGGGAUUCACAACCUAAGCAGUCCUUAGAUUUGGAGAGACUUAACUUCACGUUUGUUCCAUCUAAAGACUUUGGACUUCCACCACAUACUGCACUUGUUCAAUUUGUACAAAACUCUUCAACUAGGCAUAUGUUUGUGCGAUCUGAAGACAGUAGAACUAUAAUCAAUUGGUAUAAUGCCAUACGGCUGGGCAAAUACCACCGUCUUUGCUUAGGUCUCAGUGGUAUGGGUGUCACCUUAUCUCCAUCUGAUUUGAGUGAAAGGUUAACUAGGGAUCUGGAUAUGGUCGGCUGGCUUUACAAAACAGGACCAAAGAAAAAUGAUGCAUGGCGUCGCCGUUGGUGCAUGAUUUUACACCGGCAUUUUCUAUAUACCGACCAUCCUUUAAGCGCAUUCGCUAAAGGAGAGUUGUUCAUAGGUUCUAAUAAAGAAGGAUACUCAGUUACAAGUGGCACCCCUGAUGGCUGGAGUCGACAUAAUGGGUACACACUAACUAUUUAUACAUCUUUAAGACCAUUUGUAUUUUCUGCGGAUAAAAAAGAAGAACAGGAAAAGUGGGUCGAAAUUAUUCGGAAAAUAACCAGUAUCCCUUUGACUCUCGCGGAACACAAACAAGCGGCUUUAGUUGCUACAAAGCGUACACAUGCACUUGACUUCCUCCGAAACUCCUAA